GCUAGCUAAUGUGCUAACCUAGUUGGAGAUUACAGAGGUUUUUAAUACUUUACUGCUUGCACAAUAACUCGUUAAAGUUCCGAACGGAUAUCUGAGAGCUCGCCAACGACACCAUGAGCAAGAGGAAAGCGCCCCAGGAAUCCCCGAACGAGGGAAUAACAGACUUCCUCGUCGAGCUGGCCAAUUACGAGAAAAACGUCAACAGGGCAAUCCACAAGUACAACGCGUACAGGAAAGCAGCCUCUACCAUCUCCAAGUACCCAAACAAAAUCAAAAAUGGCGAAGAGGCCAAGAAACUGGAAGGCGUUGGACCUAAAAUAGCAGAAAAGAUUGAUGAGUUCCUACAAACUGGCACACUCCGGAAACUGGAGAAGAUCCGAACCGAUGACACCAGCUCUUCUAUCAACUUCCUCACCAGAGUCACUGGAAUCGGCCCGGCGGCCGCCAGGAAGUUUUUUGAAGACGGGGUGAAGACGUUGGAAGAUUUGAAAAAGAUUGAGUCCAAGCUGAACCAUCAUCAACAGAUCGGACUUAAGUACUUUGAGGAGUUUGAAAAAAGGAUUCCACGUGCUGAAAUGGAACAGAUGGAGACUCUUAUUCUUGGAGAGCUGGAGAAGAUCGGUACAGAAUAUAUUGGGACAAUCUGUGGAAGCUUCAGGAGAGGUGCAGCAUCGAGUGGUGAUAUUGAUAUCUUGCUGACUCACCCGGACUACACUUCAGAGACUGAGAAGCAGCCCAAGCUCCUUCAUGCAGUGGUCGAGCAUUUGGAGUCCAUUGGGUUUGUGACUGAAACAAUGUCCAAAGGAGACACUAAGUUCAUGGGAGUCUGCCAGCUGCAGCCGAGUGAAGAAGAUGAGGAAGAAUACCUCCACAGGCGUAUUGAUAUUAGGUUAAUUCCCAAGGACCAGUACUACUGUGGAGUUCUCUAUUUCACUGGAAGUGAUAUCUUCAAUAAAAACAUGAGAACUCAUGCGCUGGAGAAGGGCUUCACUCUAAACGAGUACACCAUACGGCCACUAGGGGUCACUGGUGUGGCAGGGGAGCCUCUGUUGGUGGAUAGUGAGAGAGACAUCUUUGAAUACCUCCACUACAAAUACAGAGAGCCAAAGGAGCGCAGCCAGUGAGGCCAAGGUUUACAGUUCAGCUUUUAUCUGAAGCUGCAGUUUUCCUGAAAAUUAAAUCAGAAGCAUGUGUACAUAUAUAUGUGUGUGUGUUCGGAAAAAAUUCAACUAUGUUUUGGAAAAGUGAACAACAAUGAAAGUCAUUUAAAUGUAUUUACUGUAUCUUGAGUUGAAAACACCCCCUUUUAAUGACAUUUGUACACGCAUAAGAUAUAUUUUUUUUUUUAAACGAGUUAAUUCUUUAGUCGUGCAUCUUCUUUAAUGUAUUUUUGAACACAUUCAUACAUUUCAUUUUUUUAAAUGCCUAAAAAAAGAUUAUACCAUAAUCAUGAUAAUAAGAGGAGUAACCUUAAAGCAGAAUAGCUUCAGUUACAGUUGUCAUCCGUCCACCAUUAACAACGCGGAGCGCUGAGUGGAGGGUUUACUUUGACAUUCAGUCAACACAGCAGCUUUAUGCUGGUAGUUAAUAAUAGGUAGUAAAAAAAUCUAAUUUCUAUGGACAAUUAAAAGUGUGUAUUUGGGUUUUUUUGUCUUCCAAUUUUGGGAAAACUCGUUAAUUGAAUAUAUAGUAUAUGUGGUUAAUGGGCUCAGUUUCUGCUUAUGGGCACUCAUUUGGGACAUAAAGGUCAUUGAGGGUUUUUUGUCUUUCUUCGAUGAGAAUAAUUUGUCCUUAGUUAUUGUUUGAUGUGUGAAUAUGACUGUUACACUAGUAAACAUCAUGUGGUUGUUUUCUUUGCUUUCAGGGGCGAUAGAUUAAAACAGUAGACCUGAUACAGAUCUUAAUCUGUAACACAACUUGAUUAGAAUCAGGAUGUUGAUUCAGUUUUGAAUGUGGAUGAUUACAAAUAUUGCUUGAAAUAUUUAAGAAAAUACAAAUAAAUUGUUAACCAAA